AUGACUCAGCCUGGAGAGACCCAAGAUGGGUCUCGAAAUGAAUUUGACGACAUCCCUGUUGACUACACAGUGCCUCACGUCUCGGUUUGGAAGGCGAGUUAUCUAUGGAAAGCCACCUUCUGUGUCAUCGGCCUCUGUUUAUUCUCAUCUGCGAACGGAUACGAUCGUUCGCUGCUUAACGGCCUGCAGUCUUUAGAGACUUGGUAG